ACAUGGUUCAGCCGCUAAACGUUAGUUUUUAACUAGUGCACUGCUAUAAAUGUUGCAAGACUUGCAAUCUGGCUAAAAUAUUUUUCGACAUGACUCAUGUGGUUUAUGUUAAAAUGGCGCACACUCCAAAAGGAGUUAUAAAUAACGUUAAAAUUUGAACUCUGAUAAUCUUUCGAGGUUUACUAGUGAUUAACGGUGAGGUUUAACGUCAAAGUAAUUAUUCGUCGGCAGUAAGCGACAAAUUGUAUCGGCGGGGUUUAAAUUAAAGUGAAACGUGUUUAAAUGCUACUUAAUUUAAAGCGAUUUAAAAAAGGAUGCGACCGCUCAAGUUAUUCAGAUCAUUAUCCGUUGAUACCAGCCGAAGCGAUAAUGAAUGGAAGGAAGCCGCCGAUCGCUUCAUGGAUACCAGUUGGCAAAUUCACAAGCAGUGGUUCACUGAAACCAACGCUUCCGCGUUUCCGACCGCCGAAAUUCAGCCGGCCGAAAAUCAAACUAACGUUAAACCAAACGAAACGACGCUAACAAAAACAAAAAGAACGAACAGCGUACCUAAUGGAAUCAUUAGGUAUUCGGACGACGAUGCGAGAGAGAGAAAAUCGGGUACGCCCGGUAGGAAAGUUGUGCAAAUUGAGACGGUACAAACUACUUGCGAAUCUGUCGGUCCGCCGGAGAAAAUUAAAACGGACGUUAUUUUGAUCUUCCAGAAAGUACCGUUGAAGAACAAUCCUCAAAAAAUUCACAGGCGUUCUCCGCUGGGACACAUUUACCUGCCUCUGUCAUUUAUGCCAUAAAUAAUGUCAGGAAUGAGAUCUGCACUUUUAUCAAUAUAGCGGUGUACACACAGUAUUUAAUUAACAGGUAGAAAUAAACAUUCAUUUACCUAUCCUCAUUACAUUGAAGUAAUUUGCAUUUUUAAGACAUUUCAAACAAUUAUUAAAAUAAUACAAGGAAUAGAGUGCCUUGAGGCACUCCGUUAGAAUUUGUUACCACAUAUUGUUUUCGCUUAUAUUAAGGUGAGAAUUUAUAACAUCAACGGCUUUUUCACUCUAACCUCGUAAAUAGUUCGAAUUUUACAUUAUAACACAAUGAAUCUACAAAGCUCUUACCUGUAGCAUAUCCACAAAUAACAGUUACCUUACUUUGUAAAAUGAGCAAUGUCAUUUUAGUUAUUUGGUUUCGCGAAAUAGUCUUGUUGAAUAUUAUUCGGCACCAAUUAUUGUUGGCUAAAUGUUCUUCUGGUUUAGUUCAAAUUUAACGCUUUCUGACAACUUCACUCAUGGCAAUCAUUUAACAAAUGUCAUUUGCCAAAGUUGCCAAGCAACACACUUAUAUGUCGCAGUUUUAACUUCAAAAUUUUCUCUCUUGUAAUUUAACAUUCGACAAAACAUUUUCCGAAAUACAUAUCUGUAAUUCCAAAAGAGUAAUAAAAAGUGUAAGAACUAUGAGCGUUUCAGCAACAGAAAAUGGCCGUACCUUGCUUGAAAAGCUAUGAACUGCGAACACCAAUUUGGACGUGAUAUUUCACUUUUCGAAUUUUUGUACAUUUCUCUGAAAGAUCGACGUGAUGAAUGUCAGUAUUUCGCCGACCAUUUUACGUCUCCUUGGAAAAUAAAGUGGUAACCAUAGACAAACUUUGUUAGUUGCAUAGGAAAUUUGUGAAACUACGUAGUCGUCUGGGCGUUACUAACGUAUCAAACAAGAUUGUUUUGUUAACUUCAAAAUUUUAGUUUGACCUUUCAGAGAAUUUUAUUCCGAAAUUAUGGCAUGUAGAAGACGUAGACGUAGAGAGAAGGGCACAAACGUAAUCUGCAAAAGACGAAAAAACUCCCGCUUUUCGAAAAAUCCCUUUUUAAAUUUCUUACAAGAGCUGCGUAAGAAAUACCCCACGUGGCUUUCAUGCAAGCUGACGCUCGAAGGAGCUCGCCGGUGGUGCAACAUGAGUGAAUUUCGCAGAAGAAAGUACCAGUGCAGAGCAGCACAGGCCGGAAGGGCUGCUAAGCCCUUUCGAACUAAGUGUAAACCUGGGCGAAGGAAGCUCAGAUGUAAGCUGCAGAAAAGACGGCGCACGUGCAAACGUAAAGUAAAGAGGCGUACUUGUAAAAGGAAAAGAAGGAGUUGCAGACGACGUUGUUCGAGAAGGAAGAAGAGAGUGUGCAGAAGGAAAAGUAGUUGCCCCUCGAGUUGCCCUAAGGCUCAGACAUCGGUCGUAUCGCAAAUAGCUGAAGCUAAUAGCGACUCUAUAACAGUCUAAAAAUUUUACUUAUGUGCUAAUUAUACCUGUAUAGAUGUUUUUUUUAUAUUAUACAAAACCUUUACAGUUUUUA